AUGAAGCUCGAGAGCAUCAGCCUCGCGGUGCUCUCUGCGGCACUCUUUGCCACCCCUGCAGCAGCCACGACAAGCUGCUUCACGCCUGAGACUGACUACUUCGGCUACGAUGUGGAUAAGAUUUUCUCCGGGCCUGCGACCGAGUCCGCGGAGAAGUGCCAGGAAGCAUGCAAGAACAACAGCCAGUGCUUCUACUUCACCUACAUUCCCGAUCGCAAGCAGUGCUACCUAAAGGACGGCCAGGCGCAGAGCGGCGCUGUGCAGAACCCCUUGGCUGUCUCCGGCCCCAAGGUGUGCUACCCGGCCGGCGGCUGCUACGAGUACAUGAUUGACUACGAGGGCUACGACUUGCAGAAGAUUGAAGACGGCUCUGUGCCUAGCGCUAAAGACUGCCAGCAGCUGUGCACCGUCAACGAUCAGUGCUACUACUGGACCUUCAUCCCGUCGAAGCGCAACUGCUACCUGAAGCACAACGGCGCCACCGUCGGCCGCGUGAAUCACAGUGAGGCGAUCUCCGGCCCCAAGGUCUGCGGCAGCCCCACGCCCCCGACUGACGGCGUGCCUUGCUACGAGGCAGACGUCGACUACUUCGGCUACGACAUCAAAAUCUUUGACAACCACCUCGUGGGCACCGCGGCCGAGUGCUACGGCCUCUGCCUCUCGUUCGAGGAAUGCAAGUACUGGACCUGGGUCCCCGCUCUCCGCAACUGCUACCUCAAGAGCGAGUAUGCUCCUCUUGGGCGCGUCAACGCUCCUGGCACCAUCAGCGGCCCCCGCGACUGCACUGGCUCCAACUUGCCCCCCCUGCUGCCCACUCCUCCCACGUACCCCCCGACCGUGCCAGUCCCUCCUCCCUCUCCGUACCCCCCAUACCCCCACCCUCAUCCUCACCCCCACCCUCAUCCUCACCCGCAUCCGCACCCUCCUCAUACCACUACCUCGACUCUGCCGCCCCAGCAGACGUGCUUCAUGCAGAACGUCGAGUACCCGCUGGGCACUCUGCAGCGCCUUUUGACUGACACCGCGCACGCAUGUCACAAGCUGUGCCAAGCCGAGGCUUCCUGCUACUACUUCACUUUCAAAUCCGACCUCAAUGAAUGCACUCUCAAGGACGCCACCGCACCCAGCAAGGUCACGCAGCGCAACGCCACAGUCUCUGGCCCCAAAUACUGCGACGGCACCACCCCUCCAGGCCCGAACCCGAACCCCGGCUCCCCGGUCCCUCCUUGCGCGGAAAAGAACACCGAAUACUUCAACGGGGAGAUCUUGAGCGUCCUCGCUGCCGAGUCUGCCGUUGAGUGCCAGACGCUCUGCAAGCUGACCGCCUCCUGCAACUACUUUACGUACCGCGCAGACUUAUACCGCUGCUACUUGAACAAGAAGAAGGGCACCCCAACAGCGCGUGCAAACACGUUCUCUGGCCCCAAGGAGUGCACUCCUGAGGAGCUGCCCCCUCAUGUUCAUACGUGCUUCCAGGACAACAUUAAAAUCAUCGCUCUGCCCCUUGAGACUGUCCCAGCCACCAGCGCAGUCAACUGCCAAGAGCUGUGCGCCGCCGAUCCCAACUGCGACAACUUCACCUUCCAGAAGGAGACGAGAGACUGCUUCCUGCACGGACAGGUCGCCGAAACCCGCGAAGACAGAAACUCCGUCUCCGGACCGAAGAAGUGCCCUGGCGUCGAAAACUGCUCCAGGGACGGCCUCUACAUUGGCCAGGUUCUGAAGAGAACGAACUCAGUCGUCACUGUCAAAGAAUGCAAGCAAAUGUGCUCCCGCCUCCCCCAUGCCUGCCUGGCCUUCACCUACGAAAAGGCUACACAGAAGUGCUUCUUGCUGUCUCAGGUGGACUCCUUCAAACCCAGCGCUGCCUUCGUGUCUGGAAUGAGGAACUGCAACCCCUGA